AUGGGUAUAUUAAUCAUUGUCAUAUUUGUCCUAAACUGCAACAGUUUUUCCAGUAAUCGGAGAGCAACAAAACGAUAUACAGUUGUCGGUUUUCUGAAAAAGUAUCAUGGUCCUGUGGCAUUGGCCGUUGUGAUUAGUAACGAUCUCAAAUAUACUGAUAAAAGCAUUAAAAGUGAAGCACUAACUGUAGCCGACGAAAUUCGAAAGUUUGUACCAAAUGUACCAAUUUGCAUUGUUGCUCAAUCGGAUAAUCGAGAGAAGACGUAA